CCAGCGUCAAGAGAAGAAAAGGAUAACCUGGCUUGAUCGGCGGAGAUGGAGUGUGGAGGAAGGAGAGUCACACCAUUUGAAGGAGACGAGGGAAGGAGGAGAACGGAGGGACCACUUGGGGGAAGGCGCUGAAACGGAAAGGGAGCGCACAGCCAAGCGGAGCGCCCCCGCGGCACUGCAGGCAGGUGAGAAAAGGCGGCGAUUUAGCGGGAAAAGCAGCAGCUGCCGGCUCGCAAAACUGGAGGAUUUGUAGGUCUGGAGGGGCCAGAAGCCCAGCGGUGCGAAGGAGGGAGCGCAACUCAACCACCCCACCCACCGGACUGCGCACAGACAGAGUUCACCCGCCUAGUGGCUGCUGCGGGCGCGGGUGACGCCUCGCAACUUUUCCCUUCGCUCUUUCCCCCACCGUUGGCCGCGUCGGAGGAGCAGGGCGGCCGCGCGAGAGGCUGCCUCAGGCUCACCUUCUCCUCCUUUCCCCCCGCCAAGCAGCGCCCCUCUCGCUUUUGCCCCCUCCCUGAAGCGUUGCCGGGGCAAAGGAUGGUGUUCUUUACGCCGCCGCCGCCGCCUCCCAGCUGCGGCUACCCCGCAGCAAAGUGAACGAGUGCAGUCCGCCGACUUGGAAAGAGGCGCAAGCGGGCGGCUGGCUGGAAGAGGCGGCGGGGGCGGGAAGACCCCUCGGGCGCUGGCUGGCUGGCGCGGUGGGACGAGAAAUUCCGUGGGGAGAGAGCGGCAGCCCGGGGGGACUUCGCCUGGCCCAGGGUCAAAAAUUAAAUAAAUCAGCAUUGCCAGCAGGUGUUUAUGAGAAUUACAAUGUUGUACGACUAGAGGGGAUACUACAAUAAAUCAUCUACUUCUGAAAGAAAGUAUUAGGCGAAAUAUCAGCAUGACUGAGAACUGAUCAAGAAUCUCAAGAAUUUAUUCAUAACAUCUGAGGCAUAGAAGGCAGAGGGUUCUUAAAAAUAUAUAAUUAACCCUGCUGGGUAAAUAUGGCGGAUCCUUCAGCUGAAGUACCCUUUUUUAUGAUGACACAGCCACAAAUAAUUGAAUCUGCAGGCAUGAGUGAACCUCAGUGCUACUACAAUGAAACCAUUGCCUUCUUUUAUAACCAAAGUGGGAAAUAUCUAGCAACUGAAUGGAACACUGUGAGCAAGCUUGUGAUGGGCCUUGGGAUUACAGUUUGUGUUUUCAUCAUGCUAGCCAAUCUCUUGGUUAUGGUGGCCAUUUACGUCAACCGGCGUUUUCAUUUUCCUAUUUAUUAUCUAAUGGCUAACUUAGCAGCGGCUGACUUCUUUGCAGGGCUGGCAUAUUUUUACCUGAUGUUUAACACAGGACCCAACACUAGAAGAUUGACUGUCAGCACGUGGCUCCUUCGUCAGGGACUCAUUGACACUAGCCUGACUGCUUCAGUUGCCAAUUUAUUGGCCAUUGCCAUUGAGAGGCACAUCACAGUGUUCCGUAUGCAGCUCCAUACGCGGAUGAGUAAUCGGCGAGUGGUGGUGGUAAUUGUGGUCAUUUGGACUGUGGCCAUUGUCAUGGGUGCUAUACCAAGUGUUGGUUGGAAUUGCAUCUGCGAUCUCACUCACUGUUCUAACAUGGCACCACUCUAUAGUGACUCUUAUUUAGUCUUCUGGGCGAUUUUCAAUUUGGUCACCUUUGUAGUCAUGGUGGUCUUGUAUGCUCAUAUCUUUGGAUACGUGCGCCAGAGGACUAUGAGAAUGUCAAGGCAUAGUUCAGGGCCACGCAGGAAUCGGGAUACCAUGAUGAGUCUCCUAAAGACGGUCGUCAUUGUGCUUGGUGCUUUUAUAAUCUGCUGGACUCCAGGAUUAGUGCUGCUUCUUCUUGACGUUUGCUGCCCUCAGUGCAAUGUCCUAGCAUACGAAAAGUUCUUCUUGUUGCUCGCCGAGUUCAACUCUGCCAUGAACCCGAUCAUCUACUCUUACCGAGACAAAGAAAUGAGUGCCACCUUCAAGCAGAUUCUUUGCUGUCAGCGCAGUGAGAGCGCCAAUGGACCAACAGAAGGCUCUGACCGCUCGGCCUCCUCACUGAAUCACACCAUUUUGGCUGGAGUACACAGCAGUGAUCACUCAGUGGUCUGAACAAAAUCCAGCCAACAUAACUUUAGUGCUAGGUGAAUACCUAGUUAUGAAGCUAUUGACAACAUUGUUGACAGUCUUUGAAGCAGGGAGAAUAACAACUUGUAAAAGUUCUUCUUACUCACUAAUGGAUUAUAGUACUUCACCAGUGCCCAGCCCACAAAAAUUCUCUAGGCUAGAUUUUUUUUUCUUUUUCCUUUUUUUUUUUUUUUUU